AUGGGAAAGGAAUCUCUAAUCUUCAAACUAGAAGGCUUCUGGAAAGUACUCGGCCACUAUACGUAUACAAAAAUGUACACCGCAUCUUAUGCCUUCUUCGAGGCACUAUGGGAGCUGGGAGUCCGAAAUUGCUUCGUCAAUUUGGGCUCUGACCACCCCAGCAUCAUGGAAGCAAUGGCCAAGGGGCUGAAAGAGAAACCCGACGAGUUCCCCCGGAUCUAUACCUGCCCCAAUGAGAUGGUCGCCUUGUCAAUGGCUGACGGGUACGCACGAGUCACUAACAAGCCUCAGUGUGUCAUCAUCCAUGUCGAUGUUGGCACCUCCGGGCUCGGCGCUGCAAUCCAUAAUGCCUCAGCCGGCCGGGCGCCUGUACUGAUCUUUGCGGGUCUGUCUCCAUUCACACUGGAGGGAGAGCUGAGAGGAUCCCGCACUGAAUACAUUCAUUGGCUUCAGGAUGUUCCGGACCAGAAGCAGAUCGUGGCGCAAUAUUGCCGUUACGCUGGAGAGAUCAAGACUGGGAAGAACAUCAAGCAGAUGGUCGGCCGCGCCCUACAAUUCGCUACGAGCGAUCCAAAAGGACCGGUCUACUUGAUGGGGGCCCGCGAGGUAAUGGAGGAAGAUAUUCAGCCUUAUACGAUACAUCCCGAACACUGGGGGCCCUGCGAGACUGCCGCUCUUCCCGAGUCGCAUGUAAAAUUCAUUGCCGACAAGCUUGUUGACGCCAAAGAACCACUUGUUAUUACUGGCUACAGCGGCCGGAAUCACCAGUCUGUAAAACUACUUACCGACCUUGCAGAUGCAGUCCCCGGUCUGCGUGUUCUGGAUACUGGUGGCUGCGAUAUGUGCUUUCCCGCAGACCACCCAGGCUGGCUGGGUAUGCGAUUAGGAUCAGACCCUAGCAUCGAAACUGCUGAUCUGAUCCUUGUUGUCGACUGCGAUGUGCCCUGGAUUCCUACUCAGUGCCGACCACAGGAAGCGGCAACGGUUAUACAUAUUGACAUUGAUCCACUCAAGAAACUCAUGCCGUUAUUCUAUCUGCCCGCCGUCCGCAGAUACACAGCAGACGCCGCCACAGCCUUGAUUCAGAUCAUUUCGUUCAUUCGUUCUUCAACCAAUUUACAAGAGGCCUUGCAAUUGCCAGUUCACAAAGAGCGACUACACUCGCGGCAGGAACAGUACCAGCAACUCAUAAAAAGCCUUGAUGACAAGUGCACCCUUCCACCAAAUACCACUUCCUUUAACGCCUCAUUCCUGUGCCAGAAAUUGAGGGAGCUUGCGCCCAGCAAUACCGUAUACGCCGUCGAGGCAGUCACAAACUCAACCCUUGUAUCCGACCAAAUCCGCGCCACCGUCCCAGGCCAGUGGAUCAACUGCGGAGGAGGCGGCCUUGGAUGGAGCGGCGGUGGUGCGCUAGGAAUCAAACUAGCUGUCGACGCAGCAAAUCCAGACAAAAAGCCACUGGUGGUGCAAAUUGUCGGCGACGGGACAUUCCUCUUCAGCGUUCCGUCAAGCGUGUACUGGAUUUCCCACCGGUGCCAGAUCCCGAUUCUCACGAUCGUGCUCAAUAACAAAGGAUGGAAUGCACCGCGCCGGUCCAUGCUACUUGUUCAUCCAGACGGGCACGGAUCGAAGGCUGAUAACCGCGAACUGAACAUUUCAUUUGAGCCUAGUCCGGACUAUUCCGGCAUUGCGAAAGCGGCAAGCGAUGGGAAUAUCCAUGCAGCGCGGGUGAAAGACGUUGCUGAGUUGGGACGUGUCCUCAAGGAGGCUAUUGAGGUUGUCCGCGGGGGAACAUCGGCGGUCAUCGACGCGCAUGUUGCGUGA